AUGACUGAAGAGUUUUUCAAAAAAUUGAUGGAGGAGCAACGUAACUUCACUCUCAGUGUGCUAAAGGAACAGAAGGCUUGGAUGGACAGCCUUUCGAGAAGGCCUCCAGGUCAAGAUGCUACUCUGGUUCCAGCUUUUGUGCAGUUCAACAUUCAACAGCAGAAAUGGGAGUCCUACCUGGAACAACUCAAGCAACAUUUCUCUGCUUAUGCUGUAAUUGACGCCAACAAACAGAAAUCAUUUUUCUUAUCUUGGUUGGGCAAUGACGCUUAUGAAACACUAAAAAAACUUGUCGGCGUUGACGAGUUACAAAAACAAACGUUUCUUGAACUUUCUGGAAAACUAACGGAAUUCUAUAAAGAAAAGGUUCAUGUAGUUGCAGCUCGUUAUGAAUUCCAUAAGGCAGAAAUGGGCAGCCGUACCUACAAAGAAUGGGUAGCCGAUCUGCGAAGCUUAGCCCGGCAGUGUGAUUUUGUGUGCAAAAAAGAAAAUUGUAUGCAUGAUUACUCGGACGAUAUGAUCAGAGACAAAAUAAUUUUGAAUUCGCCCCACGAUGCAGUUCGUACGGCAGCCUUACAAAAACCGCAGCCAACGCUGGCCGAAGUGCAGCUCAUCGCCGAUUCACUUGAAUCAACAACAAAGACGGUAAGCGCAAUCAAAGACAAAACGAACACUACAAAUGCAGUAGAUAGCAAUGGAAUUUACUUGAUGUCAGCGAGGAACACCGAAAAAACUAACAUGCGUAACAAAAACAAAAAGAACAAAAAACCAAAAUACCGUUCAUGCACAGGCUGUGGAGUUUCACAUAAUAGAGAUGAUUGCAAAUUUAGAAGCGCUGUUUGCCGAAAUUGCGGCAAAACAGGCCAUAUUGCAGUCGUAUGUUUAUCAAGUGAAAAGAAAUACGAACAAAAGCAGAAUAAAGCCAGCAAAGUCAACAAAGGUGACAAAAUAGAAUACAUUUCAACGGCAUUUUCGGUAGCUAGCACAGUUAGCGGAAAAAAUAAAAAACGUUUUGUGGAAGUUUUUGUUAAUGGCAUAAAGACAGAAUUUCAGAUGGAUUCUGGUGCUGAAGUCUCCGUAAUAACAUUGGACACCUACGAAAUGUUAAAUAAACCAUUACUGAAGCCAUGUUCGCGUGAACUAUACGGCUACGGUCAUACUCAAAUAGAAACUUUGGGUGAAUUCUCUGCGAAAAUUCAAUGCGGUUCAGUCGAGAAAAUAUUGCCACUAGUAGUUUCGAAUGUGCGGGGUUCUAGCAAUUUGUUCGGAGUGGACUUAUUUGAAGAAUUGGGAUUCAAAAUUGUGCAAAUUGAUACAUUGACCGUCGAGUCAUCCGAAAAAUUGCAAACGCUGUUGACUACUUUCGCAGAUGUGUUCACUCCAGCACUUGGUACAAUUAAGUCAGUCAAAGCCUCGAUUAAACUUAAAGAAAACGCAGUACCUAAGUUCAGCAAGAGCAGACCAAUUCCUUUUGCCCAGCUACCAAAAUUUAAAGAAGAAGCGCAACGAUUAUCACAAGCAGGUAUUUGGCAGCAAAUUACAUUCAGCGACUGGGCAUCCCCCAUCGUGCUAGCAACAAAACCGGAUGGAUCAGUACGCAUCUGUGGAGAUUUUAAGAGAGGCGUUAACCAGCAAAUUGAUGUAGAUCAAUAUCCUCUACCUACUAGGGAGUGCCUACUACACACAGUUCGACACGGCAAAUAUUUUUCGAAGAUAGACUUGCGCGACGCAUAUCUUCAAAUGGAGCUCGACGAGGAGUCCAAAAAAGUGCUAGUGGUCAACACGCCACUGGGCUUGUUUCAGUACCAGCGACUGCCAUAUGGGGUAGCGAGCGCACCAGCCAUGUUCCAGAAACAUCUCGAGCAGCUAUUAUGUGGAGUUGAAGGAUGCGCAAAUUACAUCGACGACAUCAUUGUGGCAGGCGCGGACGAAAAGGAACACAUCGAACGCUUAGCCAAAGUUUUAAAUAUACUACAAGCAGCAGGUAUCAAAUGCAAGAGGGAGAAAUGUGAGUUUUUAAAGACCAAGUUAACCGCCAAUGAACAAACUAAGGCGGAAAAAUGUGACUUUCCAGUGGAAGUCAGAGCAAGAGAACGCGUUCAACGAACUCAAAGGGCAUAUCAUAAAAGCAACCAUGCUGGCUCAUUUUCAAGAAGAACUACCAAUCGUGUUGGCUACUGA